AUGGAUUCGGACGACGAGUUUAUGAGCGGUCUAUCAAGCCAAGACGAAGAUGAUUUCGGAGCUGCUCAAGAGAGUGACGAUGGAAGCCUAGGAGAUGAGUUCGACGAUGAGGAAGAGCCGGAUGUUGGCUUCUCGCAAGACAAAGAUCUCAAGCCCACAAGGAAGUCCUACGAGGUUGAAUACAACGUUUUCUCACCAACAGAUAUACAAUUACAUCAGGACAAGCAAAUCGACGAAGUCUCAGCGAUCCUUGGCCAGCCAUCGGAAGCUUCCGCUAUACUUCUACGGCACCUUCGAUGGAACAAAGAGCGACUCAUCGAGGCAUACAUGGACAAACCUGAUACCAUUUUAGAGGCUGCCGGACUAGGGCCAGACGCUGCUCAGACGCCAACGACCAAGGUGAUCAGAGGCUUUACGUGUGAUAUCUGCUGCGAAGACACGCCUGGCUUGGAGACGUACGCAUUGAAAUGUGGACAUCGCUACUGUACCGAUUGCUACAGACAGUAUCUCGCUCAGAAGAUCAAGGACGAAGGCGAGGCGGCAAGGAUACAGUGUCCAACCCGCGGCUGCCAUCGGAUUGUAGACGCCAAGUCGUUGGACUUGCUUGUUGCAGCAGAGCUUAGGUCAAGAUACCAAGUGCUUCUCACGCGUACCUACGUUGACGACAAAGAGAACCUGAAGUGGUGCCCAGCCCCCAAUUGCGAGUAUGCCAUUGAAUGUGGCGUUAAGAAAAAAGAUCUCAGCCGAAUAGUCCCUACAGUUGCAUGCUCAUGCAAACAUCGCUUUUGCUUUGGCUGCACCCUGAGCGACCACCAACCGGCACCAUGCUCACUGGUAAAGCAAUGGGUCAAGAAAUGCGAAGACGAUUCGGAAACAGCGAAUUGGAUAUCAGCAAACACUAAAGAGUGCCCUAAAUGCUCUUCAACGAUUGAGAAGAAUGGCGGUUGUAAUCAUAUGACAUGCCGGAAAUGCAAACACGAGUUCUGCUGGAUGUGCAUGGGAUUGUGGUCGGAGCACGGCACGAGCUGGUACAACUGCAACCGUUUCGAGGAGAAAUCAGGCACCGAUGGACGUGAUGCCCAGGCCAAAUCGCGACAGUCUCUCGAAAGAUAUCUACAUUACUACAACCGCUACGCCAACCACGAGCAGUCAGCUAAGCUCGACAAAGAUCUCUACCUGAAGACCGAAAGGAAAAUGAUGAAUCUGCAGACGGCAUCUGGAAUGUCGUGGAUCGAGGUCCAAUUUCUAGAGACAGCAUCGCAAGCACUACAGCAAUGCCGGCAGACGCUUAAGUGGACAUACGCGUUUGCAUACUAUCUUCAACGAAACAACUUGACCGAGAUCUUUGAAGACAAUCAGAAAGAUCUCGAGAUGGCCGUCGAGGGCCUCAGUGAGAUGUUCGAAAAGCCUACUACUGAGCUGGCAGCUUUGAAGGUCGACAUGAUGGACAAGACAUCUUACUGCAACAAGAGGAGAGUCAUCUUACUGGACGACACAGCCCAAAACCUCAAAGCUGGCGUGUGGAAAUUCAAUGUAGACAUUGGUGCCUACCGUUUGAUUUCAAUAUUCGCAGCUGAUCACGGUGUCGUGACUCGAGCGGCUGGAGGCUUCACUCUUCUCUCAUUGGUCUUCUUCCUUCUUAUCUUGCCCAUUGAACGCCUUGCAGCACACGAGACAAACGAUCACCCUCGUUCUGCCAUCGACGGCAUCUCCGCGCAUGUUCCCAGAAACAAGGGCCAAGGGACUAUAAUAGGGUGGAGAAACUCUCCUUUGGAUGUCUUCGUCGUGGCUAUAUUACAGGAUGUGGAGGCGCGGAAGGUCGAAAGUGCUCUUCGAGUAGGCACUCUUGUGCGAGAUAGCCCGCACCCCAUGCGGCAGAUAUACGAUUUGUGUGGGAAUAGCUCGUUGCAUGUCUUAGGAUCUGUAAAUCCAACAGUCGCGACUGGCAGCUUCAACCCUAAUCACCUCCUGGCAUACACUGAAGCCUCUAGUCCGUUUCCUAGUGUAUUCUGUCCAAAGACUUGCAAUGUCAGUGUCCAAGUCAUCAUGUUCGAUCGUCCGUCUCCACGUCAAAUGCAGUAUAUGUCCCUAGACCCUAUCUCGCUUGUAUUAGGAGACAAGAAUCUAGGAAGUGACGGUGCGCCGCACAAGCUGGGAAAUGGUGAUCUGGAUACUGAGACCGAGAGUAUCGAUACACCACGAUUGGUUAAGAAGCUUCAACUGCACACCGUGAUCAGGCAUGCGCUGUCACAAAAAGAGGUCAUGCUACCAACCAUUUUGGCACAGAUCAAUUGCUCCUCUGAAUUGGCAAAACUUCUGGCAAGAAAUUCAUACCUUCUGAGGACACGGCAAAAAAGAAGCUUAAGUGUGAGCGAGAAAGUCGUAGAAUCAGCCACUACUGUCCGGGACUAUAUUAUCGACGUUGCAUGGCGUAUUAUCACCAUCUGGGUGUGGCCUCUUCUGAGCAGGACCUUUUUGAUGGCGCUCAUAUUUCAUCGGACAGUUGCGGAGGUGAUACUACGUGUGCUUGAGUGGAGACCUCGCCCUGAUAGAGCAGCGUUGAAGGAUAUAUCUGCUACAGCGCAGCAGGUGGAUAUCCGACUGCAGCAGUUUUGCUAUUGGCCCAUGCAGUAUCUGACCUUACGCAAAAGGAAGGACGACUGGGAAAGUAUUACAGACAGGCACCCAGACUACAUUCGCUUCUUCAACAGCCUCUGGCUCGUGGCAAAUGAUGUGAUUAUAGGAAUCGCCUUGGGUUCCUACAUCAUCGACAAUGCUGCGUGGGUCGCUUGGCAAAUCAACACUGUCCUUAUGGGCUGGACUGUGGAAGGCUUGCGAGACAUGAUCUUAUGGCUCAUGGAUUGGCCUGCAGGUCUAAAACUCAACACUGAACUAGCCAUCUUUCUUGGUGACCUGUUUCUCUGGGUUAUUGACCUUUGGAAAGAAUGUGUGAUUGGGCUACAACCUUUAUUGCCUCACGUCAUCUACUUCAUUGGCUUCUCAAGUUUUGCCGGCGCCACUAUGCCCAUCUCCAUGUUCUCCGACCUUUUGUCACUACUGACUGUACACAUUUACUGCUUCUAUACCGCAUCAGCUCGUAUAUUUCACUGGCAGCUCACCAUCAUAAUGUCUCUUUUCCACCUCUUCAGGGGCAAAAAGCACAAUGUGCUACGCAAUCGAAUUGACUCAUGCGACUACGACUUGGACCAAUUGCUUCUAGGAACUAUACUGUUCACUUUGCUAUUCUUCUUGCUGCCGACUGUGGCUGUAUUUUACCUGACAUUCACCUCCGCAAGGAUGGCCAUAAUAUUUCUCAAAGCCGCCUUAGACACGUCGCUGGCUUGCCUGAACCAUUUCCCUCUCUUUGCAUUAAUGCUUCGAGUGAAGGACUCGAGGCGUCUUCCUGGUGGCAUUUGUUUCGAGCUUCGGGAUACCCCAUCUGUUUCUUCACCUUUUAACGAUCUAAAUGAUGCCCCUCCGACAUCGUACAUAAUGCUCAAAUCUGUCCCUCUCUCUUUGCGGGCCAUGUUCAAUCAGUACUUCCAGCUCGGACACCGUAUUCAUAAGCACUACUUCUCGCCUAGUGUUAUUCUAUGCCUAGUCACCGGUCAAUUUUUACCGCCGAUUCACAGGAAGAGCCUCUACAGCCUUCAAUACAGCAUGCUGCCAGCCCAGCGUGCGGGCGUCCUCGAAGCAUGGAAGCGGCUCACAGAGCAGUCUCCAGCCAUAAGAAACACCUUUGCGAAAUUGCCAAAUGGCAUAUCUGUGCAACGGGUCCGUCGUCCCUAA